UGUCGGGCCGGGGCGCCAGCCCAUACGUGUGUGAAUUAUUCGGACAAAAGGUGGGCAAUUACAGCAUUCCCUGUGCUUGGGAAUUCAUGUUGCAUACCAUCAUGGCUUGUCCAGACCAUUACGCCGAUAUUGCUGGCGAUUAUGACAAGAUGUAUUCUUUCAGGGAUCAGUUUGCAGACAAACUAGUGGAAGUCCUCAUCAAGUACGGCCGCCUCUCCAAUGACCAAGACUUCGUUGAUGUUGGCUGCGGAUCCGGCUGGAUACAGCGCAUCCUCUUUGAAAGGGGCUACCAUUUCAAAACAUCAACCUCUGUGGACCCAAGCCCGCUGAUGCUUCAACUGGUCAAACAGAGAGUCCCCAACGCACAGGGCAUCAACCUGGAUGGACUGGAGUUUUCCCGCCUUAAGAAAACCUAUGAUGCGUUGAUCAUAAAUCAAAGUUUUCACCAUUUACCAAUAGAAACGCUUGAGGAGACAUGGCGAAACAUCCGGUCGCAGCUGCGCAGAGGAGGAAAAGUCAUCAUAACGUUUGGAGACGGAGGAUUUUUUAGUCCAGACGUUGCGAAACGCCUUAAAACAACAGGUGAUUAUUCACCUGUUGAUUAUUCAGCGUCUGUACGCAUUUGUGAAUCUGUUCUUCAAAAAUGUGGAUACAAGUUCACCUCGGACUCCCCAGUGGAGAGGUCGUAUAAGGUCAAGGUCAGUCGUGAACAAUAUGGCUACAUGCUGCGGCAGAGGUACGUGUCGGCGUUGGGCGUGAUCAGUGACAAGGACAUUGAGAAGGAGGUUGCUGCUUUGCCCGACCCAGUUGAAUUUCAAUACAAAUGGACAAUUAUAGUGGCGGAAUGAUUUUUGCCACCUUCUCAGAAUGUUGUCAAAUUACUUGAUAUAAAAGGCAGUUGCAAAAACUACAGUAGUUACAUUUAUCACCCAUUUAUUGUACAAGACAUAACGGUAUAUAUCAUAAUAUUGUCACAAUUCAUUCUUCCCUGAUAUAACCAUUAACAGCGAAUAAGAAGUCGGAGCGUUACCCAGGUUGUUUGGCGUAGCGUUCUUGUCGGGAUUUGUAUCUUGUCUCAGGAGGCUGAGUCAAAGUUGAAUUGACAACGGGAUGUGUCAAGUGUCUCCCUCCGGACACAGCGGCAAAUUCACCAAGCCAAAAAUGUUCAACUCAUAAAGCAAGCAUAUCACAAUAUAUAUCAUGUACAGUAUCAAAUAUGA